GGCGGUAAUACAUCUGACGUCACUGUUGGUUCCCAGCAGCCGGCACCAGUCGAGAAGAAGAAGAACGCCCAUUUUGCUCGCACUGUACGUCGAGGAGGGCUGAAAUAUUAUCAGACAGAAGAGGACAAAGAGCUGCAAUGGACGGAGAUGUCGCGGUUGGUGUGAAGAGAGGCUCAGAUGAGCUCAACAUGUAUGGUAGCAGUCCCAGCUCUAUGACCGCGAAUGGCAGUGACAGUAAGAAACAGCGCUUAGAUGAAUCACCUCCCUCCAGAGUUCUCCACAUCAGGAAACUUCCCAGUGAAGUGUCAGAGACUGAAGUCAUUGCUUUGGGGCUCCCCUUUGGAAAGGUCACCAACAUUCUGAUGCUCAAGGGGAAAAACCAGGCGUUUCUCGAGUUGGGUACAGAGGAAGCAGCCAUUACUAUGGUGAACUACUACACAGCUGUCACACCACAGGUCAGGAAUACGUCUGUCUUCAUCCAGUACUCCAACCAUAAGGAGCUGAAAACAGAUUCCGCUCUAAACCAGAGGGCUCAGGCAGUACUGCAGGCAGUGACAGCGGUUCAGGAUGGGAGUUCUCCAUCUUCUGACCCAGGAGUUCUGGACCUAGCUCCACCCCCCAGCCCUGUCCUGCGAAUUAUUAUUGACAACAUGUUUUAUCCUGUGACUCUGGACGUUCUCCAACAGAUCUUCAGCAAAUUUGGCACCGUGAUGAAGAUUAUAACCUUCACCAAGAACAACCAGUUUCAGGCUCUUCUUCAGUUCAGUGACCCAGUCAAUGCACAACAAGCAAAACUGUCUUUGGAUGGACAGAACAUCUACAAUUCAUGUUGCACUCUGCGGAUAGACUUCAGUAAACUGGUCAACCUCAAUGUGAAAUACAACAAUGAUAAGAGUCGAGAUUACACCAGACCAGACCUUCCUACUGGAGAUGGAGAGACAUCCAACAAGGAUCAUUCUCUCUUGGGUACCCCAUCUGGAGCCCUGGCUUCCUACUCGAGUGGAGGAGGUUACUCAUCUUCUCUCUCCCUCUCACAGGGUGGAGGAGCCAUCAGCCCUCUGAGUGCUGCAGCCGCGGCAGCAGCAGCUGCGGGUCGCGUUGCUCUCUCUGGGUCCGGAGUGUCAGGAGUCCUGUUGGCAUCCAACUUAAAUGACGAGAUGGUCACGCCUCAAAGUCUCUUUACCCUCUUCGGUGUCUAUGGCGAUGUGCAGAGGGUGAAGAUCCUCUACAACAAAAAGGACAGUGCUCUGAUCCAGCUGUCAGAUGGCAACCAGGCUCAGCUGGCUAUGAGCCAUUUGAAUGGUCAGAAGGUGUUUGGUAAAGUGAUGAGAGUGACACUGUCAAAACAUCAGACUGUGGCUUUACCCAGAGAAGGACUGGAUGAUCAACUACUAACUAAAGAUUUCUCUGGCUCUCCACUCCAUCGCUUUAAGAAGCCAGGAUCCAAGAACUUCCAGAAUAUCUUUCCUCCCUCCGCAACACUUCAUCUCUCCAACAUCCGGGAUGGUGUUGGAGAGGAGGAUCUUCGUCUUCUGUUCUCAAACAGUGGAGGAACUGUAAAGGCCUUCAAGUUCUUCCAGGACCGUAAGAUGGCCUUGAUCCAGAUGUCGUCAGUUGAGGAGGCGAUCCAAGCACUGAUGGAUCUUCACAACUAUGACAUGGGAGGGAAUCACCAUCUAAAAGUUUCCUUUUCAAAGUCCACCAUCUAACUUUCACACCCAACUUCUUCAGCUCAAGAUCCAUGACGAGUGAGGAAGUCCCCACUGUUUUUCCUCUUAUUCAUUGAUUCUGUUACUUCUGCACUGUCCCUAAACCUUAAAUCAAGUACUGCAAUAUCACCAAUCAUGUGAAAUCAAAGUUUCAGUUCAAAUACUCCAAAUUCCUCAAAGUAAACUCUUGACCAAUGGAAGCAGCAUUUACCCGUGGCCCAUACGCAAUUUGUAAAAUGUCCAAAUCCCUGCUUUCCCCCUCACAGCAUCUUAAAGUGCAGCUUCUGAGGAUCGUGAUCUGCAGAGGUUUAACUUUUUACCUGGUUGUGUUGUAGACAUGUACUUUUGGGUGUGUCCGUACAUUGUGACAUCACUGAUGGGUGUGGCUACAGGUACUGCAGAGCGUGCUUCAGACCACACCCAGCAGUGAGCAGAGUGUUGGUGUGAAACCUGUCAACGUGACAUGAAUGAGCUUCGAGUUCUGUCAUCAAUGAUUCUUCUUCUGUACAUUUUUUAAUGACCCGAACCUUUUCUGUUAGCAGGCUAGCACCAGUUUUAACCCCACCAUACUGUUGUCCAGUCACUCUAUACAUCUUUUUGUGGUAGUUGCUCCAACACAAACCUCUUACAUAAUUAAUGCAGUCAUUAAUUAUUCAAGUCCUCUUCUCCUUUCAUUCGUUUGAAGAUGUUUGUUUCACAGAGUGGUUUCUGACACACAUCCUCAUUGUGCUUAUUCAUUACUCUAAACCUGAAAUGAAUCAUUUUAAAAUGCAUCAAGUCUAAAGGAGGAGAUGGUAUUUUCACUGAAGUGGGAUUCACACUAUCCUCUCAUCUCCUCUUCUACAAUCUUCUAUAUCUACAAUCACUUCAAUGAUUUCCAGACAUCACUGAAAUUUGAGGACGCUGAAACCCAUAAAUCCUCAAAUCAAAUAGAAAUUAUGUAUUUAGUGCAAUUUCCAAUUUGAGUAAGGAUAUUUUGUGACUGUAAACAAUCACUCUGAAGCCAUUUAUGUAUGAUGCCUUUUUGAUUUAAAGCAGAAGGUUCGUUGUAGCUGUUCUAUUGGGAUGUUUAGACGCAUUCUGGAAAGUUUGAUGCUUGUUGAGGACAAUUGGGUGUUUCCCAAAUUUUCUUUACAAAAUAACUUGGAAUGUAUUGACAUUAACACUAACAGUAAUGACUCAAAGGUGGAGCUGAAAUUUUCUAAAUCCUAUCCCUCUCUUUUUAAAACCAUAGCUGUGAGUGCCCUCUUUCUCUCUCUCUCUCUCUCCCACACACACACGCAUACCCAGAUGAUGCGUGUUCAUGCUUUCUGUUUAGAUAUGAGGUUUAGGUCUUGGUCUCUGAUUUUGGAAGGAGACCUGUUAGGACCAAAGUACAUGCGCCUUUAGUCUGUGGUCUGAUUUUACUGUCGAUUCUUUUGUGUCUUCAAACAAUGAAUUUUACCGACAAUGUUUGUUUAACCUUGGUUGUAAACCUGAAGAAGCAGAUUAUUUUAUUUUAUAAAUAGAACCUCCUCUUCCCAGUCAGACAACAUGAGCUUAUUUAUCAUGCAGAGAUGCACAGCAAUCUGAGGUCGUCUCCAGUGUUUCUAAUUUUUUACUCAUCUGUGGUUCUUUCUUGCAGCUGCAGUUUAUUUUUGGAUUGAUUUCAUUUUUUUCUUGAAGGGGGUUGUUUUCAUUUCUUCACCUCAGUUUUUAUUAUGUUCAUUUUUGUCAUUAGAUUUCAGAUCAGCACAAAUUAAAAACAUCUUUUCUACCAAGGAGGCAAAGUAAAAUUGUGUUUGUGUUGUUUAUAGUAGCUUCAGACCUCUGCUCUCAUCUGUCUCACUGUCAACCUGUCAAUAAACUUCUCUCACUCUG